AUUGUUCUUAUCUCUGGUAUUUCUAAUACGGCGUGCCAUGAAGAAAAGUCCAAUCCUACCCUGUUCUUGUUUUCCCACCUACCGGCUUAUAUUCAAUCGUACUGCUUCUUCUUCCUUUCCUCUACAAAACCGGUCUCCCACACCCAAAUCCAUCCUCAACAGCCACCUCCUCCCUCUCUAGAUUCGUCGAGAAUGUUUUCCUCUUGUAACUCAUUAGUCCAACUCACUGGUUUAAACCUUGAUUUUGUCGUUUAAGUCUUGAAUCUUCGCUCUGCAAUCUUCCUGUUUUUCAUUUCUGAAUUUCGUUUUCACUCUAAGCUUUGAUUGUUUUUGUCACCAAUCUUUCUUUAGCUUUCAUCUUCGCCUCGCUAAGAAGCUAGCGCAAAAUGAGAAGCAAGGGAAACCAAAACAAGUUCGUGCGGUUCAUAACUACUCCCAUUAGGAUCUUGGGCAAAGCGAGAGACGUUUACGUCCGAAGCAUCACGAACUGCGCUACAGGAGUCAGAUACGGCCAGAGCACGGGCUGCCCGUCCGCGUUACCGAAGAGCUUCAGCGUCAGCUCGUCGAGGUCCAACAACGAUGAAGAAUUGCGAGAGCUUAUCAGAGCUGCCUCUGUUAGAACUUUGAUCGAAAGGAUUGACAUGGAGAUGAUUAUGAAGCAGCAGGCCGGGACGCAGUCCAGGGGAUCUAAGGGUUUGCCCAAGUCCUGUAGCGUCGGAAUGGGCAGGAUAGAUGAAGACGGGCCCUGUGAUUUUGAAGAAGUCAGCGUUAGCGGGAAGAACCGGAAGGCGGAUUUGUUGUAUCCCAGAAGCAGAAGCUAUGCUGUCACAAACAGAAAUGCGGCGCCGUUGUGAGCACCUUUCGAAGACAGCCUUGCCGUGGAUUGUCAGGAAAGCAAAUGGGGGGAAUUACUCUUUCAUUUGGUUGGUUUGAUUUCUUUUGUUGUUUGCAAUCUUUGCGUAGAAAGAUGAACGAAUUGUAAUUUCGUAACUUCGUUAAUUUCAAGGCUAAAAGUGCCAUCAACUUUGGGAAGUCAUGA